UGCAUCCAGCAGCAGCCGAGCAACCAUCUCGAAUCAUCGGAAGGCAGUUCCACUUUCAUCUCGGUCCACGUCGUGGCACCUUCGCGCUGACAACAGCGAGUGGGGAUGGACGACGAGCUGGAGGGCGAAGUGGUGCAGGAGAUCUUCUGGGCUCAUGUGAGCCUCGUGUCGCGAGCAGCGCGCACAGAGCUGCUGCCGAUGGCGGACGCGGCCGCCUUCUACGUCCGCCUGUAUGUCUUGAGGCCCGGAACUCUGGCCGUGUUCGUGGCCCUGUUGGCCGCCGUCCUCCUGUGCCAGUCGCCGGGCGACGCCUGGCUCCGGCAGCUCAUGCGACGUCUCGAACUGCUGGGCCGGCCCGACGCCGUCAAGAAGCUGCUGAUGCGCAGUCAGCCGGUCGGCUCGGCAUCCGAGAGGCGCUCCUGGGAACUGCAGGCCAAGCACGCAGGCGUGUUUGCACUGCAGGGGCGCAGGCCCCGCAUGGAGGACCGCUUCUGCAUUCUGAGUGAUGAGCGGCAUGAUCUUCAUCUUUAUGGAGUAUUCGAUGGCCAUGGCGGAGAGGUGGCAUCAGAGUUCGCUGAGCAGCACCUGUUCUCAUCGCUCAUGCCCAAAUUGGCGGGGGCCGUGCAGCGACAAUGGCACUCAGCUGGUGCUGAGGCAGUGCCACAGCUACUGUUGGAAUUCUCACAGCUACUCACCGACGAGAUUCUGCAGCUGGACACAAAUCUCCUGUCCAUUCUGAAGAGUCGAAACGAUCUAUCGGGCUCCACACUGCUGGUGGCUCUGGUGCAUGUCCACCACUUGCUGGUGGCCAACGUGGGCGACUCUCGAGGGGUGCUGGCCGAUCGACGGGGGCAGGCUCUGCCUCUUUCUUUUGACCAUAAGCCACAACAGUUGAAGGAGCACAAGCGCAUUCGUGAAGCUGGUGGCUUCAUCACCUUCAACGGCGUCUGGCGAGUGGCCGGUGUGCUGGCAACGUCCCGUGCACUGGGCGACUACCCACUCAAGGAGCGUCGUCUGUUGGUAGCGCAGCCUGACGUGCUCACUUUCGACUUGUCCGGAGUCAACGGCGGAGGUGCAGCUUGCGCCGUGCUCGCCUCGGAUGGCCUGUGGGAUGCGUUGAGCAACGAGCAGGCAGCUUCGUUGGCAUUGCAGUACCUUGACGAACCGCUCUGCGGGGCCCGUGAGCUGGUCGUGCGGGCAUUCAACGCGGGCUCCCUGGACAACAUCACGGCCCUCAUCAUCGACUUGCGUGGCCGGUCGGCACGAAACGCUACGGUCAGCGAAUGAUGCGUCUAAAUUCACCAUGCACCAUCUGCCACACAACUGGCGUGCUGAGUUCUCAAGAGGCCUCCUACAUUGGCAUUAUCUAGUUUUUCAGCUCCAAGCAUUUUUAUAGUUGGAGUCAUUUUUGUUCGGACAAUGCAUGAGUCAUCUGCAAGGACUCACAUGAGCAAUCUAUACAAGCAGCUGGUACUCGGCUUUGCAUCGACUCUGUAGUGUGUUACUUCUUCUACUUGAUUUUUUUUAUUUAAGAAAGUCUGCUUGAAGCGUACUAAAGCACACCUCUGCAUACCUGUUCGCUGUUCAUGGUUUGCAGUGAGAGUUGUUGGCUAUUAGUGACUAGUAGCCGAGCAUUUUCCUGCUGUUUAAGACUGCAGGAGUGUUGUACAUAGUGUUUAUCCUUUCUGUACAUAAUUCUGGGUGCUUUAAUAUGUCUGUACGGCAUGUUUGUAAGCACAUUAAUGCGCGACAAUGAUUUCAUGAGCUUAUGCAUCUCGCUGUCAACUCUGUUGGCUGCUAAACCUGCACAAUUCAAUGCUUGCAAGAUUGUUUAUGUCUAAAGCUGAUAAAGCUUUAAAAAGGCUGUACUGUUUACCCCAUGUCGUUUUUGUCGUUGGAUUGUUGGAAGAGAAAAACCUUACCCUCACUUUUGCAAACUAUUUUAGGCCUUGGCAGCCAGUGCACUGGUCAUUUCUGGGCUUUUAUUUUCGGUAUUUUUCUGCACCCUGUAAGUGUCGUUGAAAUUACUUCUUUAAAUUGAACUGGCAAACAACAAUUUCUGGGGUUUUAUUUACUAAAACCUUGAUAUGAUUAUGAGGCAGAUAAGAGAAGUCUCCCUGUGUUUGCUAGAGCUCUGUGCCACCAUGUGCUCCAAAAAGACUCCACCUUUUGCAAUGCUAGCAGACUCCAUUUGUUGUCUACUGCAAGUCUCAGAGUCUAGUAUUGAAUCGUGAUAGCAUAUUCUCUUUCUUUAUUGUUUUGUUUAGCAAAACAAAUAUAAUAUGUUUCAAUUAUUACGGACAAACUCUCUUGGCUGGGGCACUGCUAUCUGCAAAAAUUCACAGAUUUUUAAGCCAUUUAAUAAAUCUCAUGCUUCACAUUGAGUUUAAAUCAGUCAUCUGACAAUGCGAAAGAGUUGAUCCACCAGCUUGGUGCUUUUAUUCCAAUUGACAAAACUGUUUCAGGAUUAUUUUGAAGCAAGUGCUUCUCAAACUACAGAAACUAUUACCAUACACCUAAAAUUAUUUGUCAUGCGCGAACAAAAUAGAAUGGCCCAAUUUGUUGUGAAAAAUUGCAGGGGUUGAUCAUUGGGCGAGUUGGGGAUUGUAAAAUUUUGUAAUAAUUCUGAGCUAUAGGGGAUAAGUUGCUUUCCUGUGUGUAAGUGUUCUUUCAUGCUGUUCCAGGGGUAAGCAUGGAUGCAUUUUUAACGAAGAUCCUAGAAUAAUAGGAGUACAGUGAAACGUCAUUAAUAUGCACCUACCGGGAACGGCAACAUAGCUAUGCACUUAAAGUACUACGUAUUAAGCACCAGCUACAAAUUUGCGUCUUCUGACGUGCACCAUCGUCGCCCGCGAAGGAAUAGAUAUAAUGCCACAGCAGGAUUGCUUUCCGUGCCCACCACUAAGCCAUUUUUUUUUUUUUCAAGGUAAAGUAAAAAUUGUAACUCUUGCACAACUGUCCAAUAACACAUGGUGGUGACACCAAGGAGUAUUUCGAAACAGUGUAGUCGCGAUGCAUGCACUCAGCGGUCUGCGUCUAAGCGAAAACUGAGCUUUUUUUAAACUACACCGGUAGUUGCAUGCAGCGCUUUGCCUACUCUACGCACGCUUUGACUGCCGAUCCGAUGGCUGUAGAAUAUGCCCGCUGCGGUUCAGACUAUGCACAGAUGCGGAAAAUAAGCUGUUGGAUUAUCUAUGGUUACAACAGCGCUAUGCUUGCUGUAUCGUGCACAUGUUAGUGUCAAUACAGUGAGGUUUUUUGGUGCCCCCGACUUGCAACGCUAAACUCUGCAGCAGCGAGCCGUUUGUGUUUCUGCAAUGCGGUGCGCACUUGAACACAGUCCUGCGCAACAAGGCGGCAGCAAUGGGCAGCACAGCGUGUCCAGGUAGUCUCCUAUUAAAAGUGUGCAGUUGGCUUAAAGUAAAGCAAUGCCACACUCGUCGUGCCGUAGCAGAUAGCUGGGGAUACUAACUGUGAUAAGCCUUUUCGUCAGCGAUGUUGUACCGGUGCAUUUGUUCGUGGUCACAGCGUCACUCUCGUUCUUUUUUCCUAUGAUUUCUUGCAAAGACAUCGCUGCAAUCCACGUAAGUCGGAAUAAUUGAUUGGCCGAUUUUUGCUAAAUGUCAUAGUGCUACGCAGUUGGUACGCCCUAAGCGGUAGGCAUAAGACAAACCACUAAGGCUUAAGCGAUCAGGGUAUGCAUUAGUCUUUACGAGACUUAGUUGGGGAUUCAUCGCAACUACGUUUAAACUGUUUGUUGUACAAUUAAAGCAAAUACGUACUAAGGAGGUUUGACUGUACAGUAAUGUUUCACUCGAGAUGACAACCAAUGCUCUGUGCUAUUAUUUUUCCAAGAGCGUUCAUCUCUGUUACUUUUAGUAACACAUCUAUUUAUUUGUUGAUUUUAAUCCGCUUUUCUAAAUGACGGUGAAUGUCAACAAAAAGUUACCUCUGUGCCUAGCAAACGUACAGCCUGGUACAAUUUCCUACGACAUCGCUUUCUUUUCCUUAUUUAUGCUACAUUUUUAUCUAUAUACUUCACUGUAACAGGACUGUUUCUAAGGCAUAUACCAGUGCCGUUGACUCGUGACAUCCUGUUCACCAUUGCACAGCCAGCCUCCCAUUGUUAACCAUGUGUUCUGUUCUCAGCCUUCAUAUUUUGAGGCAUCUAUACUCACUCAUGUGCCUAACUUAUUGACCAGUAGAAAAAGCUUGUUUAUUCUCAUCUUUCUAGUCAUCCUUAGUCUCUCUACAUUUAUAAUGUAUAUGCUUAUUUAUUGCACAAAAUUUAGUAUACAAGUGUCAUAUGGGCUUUUUUAAUGCGAUAAAGGCGAUCCGGAUCGGUUUUCUUGAUCGCGAUCAAAUUUAUGACCGCUGCUACACGGCCCAAGCUAAUCCAGUUCGAGCUUGGGUCAGAUCAAAUGUACCAGGUGGUGCUUGCGUGCUGCCAGGCAUGUCACUGACAAAACUCUAUGUACAAUAUUUUUAUAGAGCCUUUUAUCAGCAAUGCUAUUCAUGCAAGAACCAUUCGAACGUGAAAAACUUUGCGGAUGACUACAAAAGUGAUUUCCUAAAUGCAUCAUUCGAUAGAUUUUUCUUUGCACUUUCCUGUACUGCUGAUCAAGAUUCUUAAUCUUCGCUUUUAUUUCUGAUGGCCCUCGCUCGUAGCCGUCCAUUCACAGCGAAGUGUCAAUCUCGUACGUGCCAGAGUUUAGCUUCUGGCAUCUCAAGUCUUCCAGUUGCUCCUGCCAGCGGUAAAUUCCUGUAAAGGUCUCUUCAUUCGACCACGAAGUGUGCGUACGAUGCGACGUACAGGUAUGCCUACUCUCCCGAAUUGACAGGGAGGCUCCUGAAUUUUUACGUAAUCUUUUGACUAUACGAUUGGGUUCUGGAAUCUCCCAAAAAGUGGCCGCCGCAGCUGAGAUGUCUUUUGUUUUUUUAAUCACGUGCAUAUGUAAGUUUUUUCUGCUGCGCCAGUUGCGGUGCUGUGGAAUUGCACUCGCCACUACACUUAUAGUUCAUUGUAACCAUACCGUAGAGUAUCACAAAGUAUAUUCUGGGUACUAUAGUACCGCACAUGUGAGCCAAGGCCAGCGGCCGCGAGACGCACUCACCAUCGUACCAAACGAAGGCGAGGGAAAAGGUACCGCAACUUGUCUGUCUGUCUUGGCCCCCACAUUUCACACGCUAGGCUUAUGCAGCUUGCCUAUAGGUGUUACUUGUGUUUGUUGCGUGGUUGUGCGGAUUGCAUGUUUCCUACGAGUUUAGUUGGGAGAUCAAUGGCAGUGUCAAAGCAAAGAAGCACUUGCAAGUGUUUUUGCACUGGUACACAAUGGUGUUUGUGUGCUUUGUGACUUCGCAGAAAGGUGACAAGUAUAUAUUCUGUACCAUGUGCGCUUAUAGUGUGAGCAUUCCACACGGCGGCAAGGCUGAGAUAAAAGUGCACAUUGCUUCACAGAAGCAUGACAACUACAUUCGUGCGGUAGAAGGGCAGGGAAACAUCGGGAGUUCCUUAAAAAACAGCUGCUAAGACAAUGCAAUCCACACAGAAUGCAUAUAUAUUCUCGGGAUUUCUUGCAGAUCACAACUUGAUGCGAAGCAUACUAUCAUGCAGAACUGUUGUUUCAGAAAAUGUCCCCAGAGUGUGAGGACGUGAAGCGAUACGGGGUGCAGACGUCUGAGAACACUUUCCAUCGUCUGUGAAUUGGCUGCAGAUGCUGAAAAUGCAAUGAUGGAGGCUCUGAAAUUCCGUGCCUUCGCAAUCGCUGAGGAUGGAAGCAACGACAAUGGGUCGCAAAUGUCUUAUUUCAGUCUCACUACAUCCCGAUAUGAUCCGAUUUUGCUGUCACGCAGACAACAGCAAAAUCUCGAUCCCGAUCACACCUGAUCGUGAUUGAAAAUGACCCUAGUAGUAGCACCUGAUCUGGAUUGACACUGAUCGCGAUUAAAAUGCCCAUGUGACACCGGUAUUAUUUACCUCUUUUGAAUCAAAAGAUCUGUAGCUUGGUUUAGUACUGUGUCUGGCAUCUUAUGUGCCCUCUUCUCUGUGCUGUCUUACGUGCUGCGAUUUUGUCUGUUAAAAAACCAACUGGCCAAUGUAUUGCAUUCUGCAUGUUUAUUCUUGUCAAUGGCGCUAUCAUUAGGGGAGCCCCGCUGUAACGCUUUCUACACUCUUGGCUCUCAGAUUUCACUGACCUCUGUCUGACAUGGCGCUAAAUGCUUGACCACCAUUUGUUUUUGGAAUGAGGGUUAUGGGUGAUGAAACAUUCAUGUUGUAUUAACUCUUACAUGUUUAGUGGCAACCAGAUUUGCACAUGUUACCGAAGAAAAGUAACCUAUUACAAUUACGGCCCCACGGAAUCAAUUCCGAGUUGGUUAUGAAGCACAGAAUUUUACAGCAGCUAGGUCUAGGACUGCUUGAACUGCAAGAUAGUUCUUUUGGUAGGGAGGCCGAAACACUGCUCUAGCCGUUGCUCUAGAGUGCCAGGAAUUGUCUUAUUCAAACGAUGUACUUGUUGCUCAGAGUCGAGCAUUUAUCAUAAGAGUAACUGAUUACUUGUAACCGGUUUCUGCAAAGGAGUGACCGAAAAUUGCAGUGAGUGUUAUCGAGUGCAUAAAUAUUUCAUGAAUUGCAGAGAACUGCCUAAGAUAUAAUGGAUUACGACCAAUGAGUUGCAGACAGGACUGCUAACAACAUAAUUCUAUAGCUGGUAAGUAUGGUUAUAUGCAAUGAAAGGAGCAUGCAAAAGUUUGCUCGGUGACUCCUUGCAGUGUAAGGCUGUUUCUACGUGCAAACACUGCAGAAAGCAGGGACAUAAGCAUUGCAUUUUACUAGAAUACAGCUGCAAUGAAUUUUGUAUGUAUAUAAUGAGGUACUGUGAGGUGUGUCUCGGCAAUGUUCAUACUUGAUGAAUACUCUAAAUGAAGGCAUUUUUGUGUUGGGUGUUAAUUCGUUAAAACUAGGAUGUCAAAGAAAUCCUUAACUGUAAACUGAUAUCCCUUUUUAAGUGAGAGCAAAGUCAUUCCUAGUAAAAGUGGUAACAGUUGUUUCAGCUGUGUCCAGAGACUGAUUCAAUUAGAUACUCAUCUAAGUGGUUUUUGUGUACUGCUGUGCAGCUUCAGAAAAAACAUGCAGAGUUGGUCAAAUUGAA